CAAAAACAAAAUUUCAAUAUUUCUAUUUCAAUCCAUUCUCUAGAGAGAAGAUAUGGCAAGCUUGAAAGUUGCAUGUGUGGUUGCAUUGAUGUGCAUGGUGGUUGUUACUGCACCCAUGGCAGAGGCUGCAAUCUCAUGCGGUGCAGUAACUGGUUACCUUGGCCCAUGCAUUUCUUAUCUUAAGGGUGGUCCUGGUCCUUCGUUGCAAUGCUGUGGUGGAGUGAAGAAACUUAACGCGGCGGCCCAAACUACCCCCGCCCGUAAGGCCGCUUGCAACUGCUUGAAAGAUGCUGCUGGUUCCACUCCUGGUUUAAAUGCCAAUAAUGCUGCUACUCUCUCUGCCAAAUGUGGUCUUUCCCUUCCCUACAAGUUUGGCCCUAAUACCGAUUGUACUAGCAUCAGGCUCUAAAGAGAGUGUAUGAGAUGAGAGGAAGAAGCAGAUAGCAUGGGGCUUCUUUCUAUCUCACUAUUAUAACUAAAUAAAUGAAGGGCAAUGAAGGCUCAACCUAUGCGAGUUUCCUUAUGUUUUAUGUAUAAUUAUAAUUGUGGUGUGCAGUGAAUUAUUUCCCAGUUUGUUUGUGGCAUUGAUAUAUAAUAAAGACAUAUGAUAUACUAUUCCAUGCUAUAUGUAUAUUUAUUGUUACAGUGUGCUAUUCUUACACUUAA